CAUUGUUCUUCCUUCUUCUUCAACUCACCCCCUUCUUCAACUCAACUCACCCUCAACUCAAUCGCACCAGCUCCCCUAAGAAUGCGAUCUCACGGACUGCACUCGAGCGCGCCGCCGCCAAUGCAGCCGCCGAGCAAGAGCAACAAGGGCGGGAGCGCUGCGGAUCAGUCAGCUGCGUUUGCAUCGACGCUGGCGAGCACACUGACUGCGAGCAGCACUGCGACCACUGCGGCGACUGCUGCUGCAAUGCACACGCAGCUCGCUCUGGCCGGGGCUGCCCUGCGCGAGGAGGGCGCUGCGAACGACCGGAUGCGUCGCCUGCUCACCGAGCUCACCGCCACCAACGACGCCAUCCAGACGCGCGUCUCGCGGUGCCUCGCAGACUACUGCGACAUGCGCCUCGCAGUCCAGCAGGUCGCGCUCGCCAUCGCGCCGACCAGCCGCUUUGCCAAGCCACUCGACCAGACCGAGCUCUACGGCGACGGCGUCUCCACCGCCCCUGGGUUGUCGUCGAGUGGAACAACGAGUCCAGCGGCGGCCGCGGCGGCUGCUCAUGCUGCUGCUGCUGCUGCCAGUGGUGGUAGUGCUGGUGCUGGUGGUGCAUCGGGACGUGGGACGACAACCACAACCACAACCACAACCACCCCGACGAAGCCCGCUGCUGCUCCAUCAGUCACCGAGGACGAGCGGCGCAAGUCAAAGCUCGUGCAGUGGGGCGCGUCCACAACCGAACGCGUCGCUCUGCUCAUCACUGCAGACGCUCUGCUCGAGAGCAGCAAGGGCACGCCGGAGGACAUGAUUGGGCAGACGCGAGCGCUCGCGCAAGUCACUGCGCUGCUCAUCAACCGCAUCAAGACGAACGCUGCCGCGACUUCCAACAACGAGCAGCAGCAGAGACGACUGUCGCAUGCCAAGAUGCUCGCAGACGCAACCUCAAAGGCAGUCAACGCUGCCAAGCAUGUGGCCAAGGCGAUGGGAGAUCCCGCACAGACCCAGUCCCUUGCCGAUUCCAUCUCUGCCCUUCGCUCCACCGCUGCUCUUCUCGAAGAGGAAGAAAAUGUUGAGCUCAAGGAACGGGCGCUGCAUCGUGUGCCCCCGUCGAGACUGUCGACGAUCGUGCAGGGAUCGGGCAACCAGCCACCUCCCAUUGUGCCGUACGCUCAGGCUGUGGCCGCUAGGCAACAGCCACCGCCCCAGCAACAGUCUGCAGCCGCUAUCACUCGCAGCGGCUCUAACGCUGGAGGUACCCGUGGCCUGGUUCGCAUUUAUGAUUCGAGCAUCCAAAACAAGCAGGCCGAAUUCAAGGGUUUGAUGCUGGGUGCCUCAACGACCGCACUUGAGACCAUUGCUCUGGCGCUCCAAAAGUACGGGUACGAUGAAUCGCCCGAGCUGUUUGCCUUGUCUGAAGUCAAGACCGAUGCUGGUGUUCGCGAACGUGUCCUCACGAACGAGGAAACGCCUUUUACGAUCAAGCAAGCGUGGGAAGAAAGCAACCCGCCGGACAACCUGCGCUUCUACCUCAAGCGCAAGAAGGGCGAGGCGAGCGAUGGCAAGGGUGUCGUCCGCGUGUAUGCCGGCAUGCUCAAAUCCGCCGUCGAAUUCAAGACGGUCCCGGCGUCACUUGCAACGACCGUUCCGGAAGUCAUCAAAGCCGCUCUCGGCAAGUUUCAAAUCAAAGACGAUCCCGCCAACUUUACGCUGCUGGAAGUGCAGAUGCACCGUGGAGUCAUUGAGCGACCUUUGGACAAGACCGAGUGUCCGUUCGCUCUCAAGCUUCAGUUCCAAAAGCAAGGCGUCACAGAGGACAUGGUUCGCUUUUAUCUUCGCAAGAACAAGCUGCAAACCGGCCUCGAAAAGGCGCCCAUUCGCAUCUGGGCUGGCUCUGGUGUGCACAAGACAACGUCCGAGUUCAAGAGCAUUUUUGUCUCCAGCAUGACCCAGGUUCCUGCCGUUAUCAAGAUGGCCCUGGACAAGUUCAUGAUGUCCGAGACGGGUGGUCAAUUUGCGCUCAUUGAGGUUCAGAACGGCAUGAAAGAGCGAGUGAUGAACGACUCAGAGUGCCCACUUGCUACCAUCCUUGCUCUGGAGAAACGCGGCUUUACCAGUGGCACGGCGCGUCUGUACCUCCGGCGCGAUGACACUGCUGCCGCUCAACUCGCGCCGUCGUCUCCGGGCAAUGACGAACGCGCGGCUCGCGAGCAAGAAAUGUGGCAAGUCAUCCGAGGCACGGACGAGAACAAUUACUGCGCCGACUGCAACGCGUCAGAUCCGCAAUUUGUUUCAAUCAAUCUUGGUGCCGUUCUGUGCCACAAGUGCGCAUGCGUGCACAAUGCCCUCUCCGCGCCGUUUUGGGAGAGCGCUGCAGUCAACUUUGAGGCUGAGCUUUCUAGCGGCAAGUUCUUUUCCAAGAUUCGAGCAGUCACGCACUCGUCAUGGUCGGCCGAGUUUAUCAAGCUGUUCCAAGGCGUUGGCAAUGCCAUCGUCAACCAGACGUAUGAGCAUGGCAUGAUUUACUCGUUGGACAUCUCCAAGCCACUCCCCGACGCCGCAGACGACGAGCGCCAAAAGUUCAUCUCGGCAAAGUAUGUGGACAAGGCGUUUGUCGAGGCCUAUCUGUCUGCUGUUGACCAAUCCGACCCUGACUCGGCUGAGUCGGAUACCAAGCACGCCGACGCGUUGCAGCGCGCCAUGUCACGGGAUUUGUUCCUUGCCUGUGAAGGCGGCGAAGUGGUGCAAGUGAUGCGUUUGAUUGCACUUGGCGCCAACGUCAACUUUGCUGCGGUCGACAAGGACGCGCAAGCAACGCCCAAUCCCGUUGUUACGACGGCAGGCUCGACUCCCUUGCACGUUGCGAGCAGCAAUGGCUAUGGUGCCAUCGUCACGUUGCUGCUUGAAGCGGGCGCGUCGCCUGUGGCUGCUGACUGCGAUGGCAACUCGCCGUUGUACUAUGCCGAACUGUCAAAGCAUGCUGACAUUGUGACAAUCCUCUCCGAGCGCCAACAGGCGCACCAUCUCAACCACCGUUCCGUGAUUGCGGAUGCUUCGAAGGCGAAAUUGAUGUCGCUUUCGCACUUUGACUUUAGCGACUUGUUCGCGGAUGUGCUGUCGGAAACGCAAGACCGUCAUCUCAGCAACGUGCGGGGCAAAAUGGUGCCCAACUCGAACGUGAACGCUGGUCAGCGCGAAGGUCGCCGCAAACUUGCCAUGCUGGAUGAUGCUCAGUUUGCGCCGCUCGCCAAGAACGUGUUCAUGGAAGUCGAUUCUCGCCAACGCGAGCUUGUUGCGCGUGUUCGCACUGCCAUCCAGGAGGCAGCCUCCUCGGAGCCUGUGACUUCGGAACGCCUGUCGCAGAUUGCGCAAUACCAGACGGACGAGCGUGAGCGUGCACAGCGAGCUGCUGCUGACUCGGAUACGCUGAUGGAAGAACUCAAGGCAAACAAGGCCAAACGUCUGAGCGCGCUGAGCAACUCGUCCGUGUCGCAGUCCCUUCCGCCGCCGCAGCCGCUGGCCACUGUCGGUGAUGAAGACGAUAGCAGCGCGUCGGGAUCCAAUCUGAUGUUUGUCCCCUCGAUCAGCAACGAGGACAUUUACGCCGAUCCCGACCUGACUCCAAAGCCCACGCCUGUGGCUCCCCCGCGGCGCAGUCACGCAGCCAAGGCUGCUUCUGCUUCUGCUGCGCCCAAGCCGUCAGCCCUUUCGUCGUCGUCGUCGGCAGUGCCCGAGCCUACUGCCGCUACGCCAAAGUCUACGGCAUCAUCUGCUGUACCCCCUGCUGCACUCUCAUCCAAACCCUCUCCGUCCACACCCGAAUCGCAACCAGAGCUGUCCAUUGAAGACGAGAUUCGCUUGCUCGAGCAGCAAGAGCGCUCCCGCAUCGAGCGUGAACUCACGGAGCCCACUGAAGCCGAUCAAGCCAAGCUUCAGCGCGAGCAUGACGCUGCGGUUGAAGCACAGAUGGCUGCUCGACUGCGCAAGGAACGCGAGGCAUUAGCUGCCUUGCAAAAGGAACAGCAAGAGCAGCAAGAGCGAGAAAAGCUUCAGCGCGAGGAACAACAGCGUGAGCAACUUCAGCGCGAACAACAAGAGCGAGAACGGCUUCAGCGCGAGCAACGCCAACGUGAACAAGAGCAACGCGAGCAGCAAGAGCGAGAACGGCUUCAGCGUGAGCAACUCCAACGUGAGCAGGAGCAGCGUGAGCAACAAGAGCGCGAGCAACAGGCGCGCGAACAGGAGCAACGCGAACAGGAGCAACGCGAAAAGGCGCAGCGCGCACUCGAGCAAAAGAAACGCGAGCAGGAGGAACUGCUCGCCGUUGCCGAAGAAAAUCGCCGUCAACACGAAGAGGCAAUGAACCUGCACCGUCAACGCCAGGAAGAAGCCCGCGCGAUUGCUGCCUCUCGUCCCACCUCUGUUGCCCACAAGCCCACGCCCGCCGAACAGCCUCGUGCGCAACUUGAGCUUCAACACAAGCGCGAUGAGGAAGAGCGCCUCGCCGAGCUGCAGCGAAUUGAGGCUGAGCACGCGAAAUUGGAGCAACGCCUGUCUGCUCGCAAGUCGCAGCUGGAAGCAGCCAAGAACGCUUCUGCCGCCGGGAACAAGGCAGUCGCCGACGCUCAGGUUGCCGUCGUUCAGCAAGCUCAGGUUGUCACCGCGGCCGUGGCCACGUUCUUGGCCGCGGCGAAGGCUGUGCAGCACGAGCAGUUUGUGGAAAAGUGCUCCGAUCUCAUUCGCAAAGCUGCCACUCUGGUGAACCUUGCGGAUGCCCUCACGACGCAGUACACCUCGGAUGAGCACCGUGUUGCCGUGCAAGCCAAGGCCACCGCUGUGUCGGGUACCUUUGCGCCCAUUGUCGCGGCCAGCAAAGCCGCUGUCCAACAGUGCGCAGCGGGCGACAACUCGAGUGUGCAACCCAUGGUUGUCGCGACCUUUGAGCUUCUCAAGCAGACGAAAGAUCUGUUGUCUGUCAGUCGCGAUGUGUCUGGCACCUACGUAACCACACAGUAAAACUGGAGCGGAGGAGUGAGUUGUAGGUUGUUGUUUUGGUGUUUGCGUGUUUGUCCUGUUGUGUGUGCCCCCGUGUUUGUAUAUGUGAUUGGUGGUUCGCAUGCUACAUUUGCUUGUUCAGUUUGAUGCAGUGUUUUGUCUCUCGUCCAACAAUGAAGUCGCCAUUUAAUCAAGAAAA